AUGGCAUCCUCUGACAAACCAUGGACAAUUAUUGUCGGUGCCGGUCCGUCAGGCCUGCUUCUGGGCCUGAUGCUGGCUAAGAAAGGUGUCACCGUCCAUAUCCUGGAAGCUGCUGGUGAAUUGGACGACUCUCCUCGUGCGGCGUAUUAUGGCCCUCCAGCUGCCUAUGAGUUACGGCGUGCAGGAGUCAUUGAUGACGUGCGAAAGGAAGGAUUUGAUCCGGUAAGGACAUGUUGGAGAAAACUUGACGGUACCUAUCUCGCCGGUUUCGAUUGCAGUCUCAUGCACGACGAUCCAGAUCGGCUGGCGUGCCUGCCAUUGGCCCAACUAGAUCGAUUGCUCUACAAACACGCCAUUCAGCAACCCACUUUGAAAGUAUUCUUCAACCACAAAGUUGUGGACAUCGGUCAGGAUGAUGACAAGGCAUGGGUGGAUGUGGAAACCCCAGAGGGCCAGAAACGCCUCGAGGCAACGUACAUCGUGGGCUGUGAUGGUGCGUCGAGCAUAGUCAGAAGAAAGCUGUACGGAGCGAAGGAUUUCCCCGGUUAUACCUGGGACAAACAGAUCGUGGCGACCAAUGUGGCCUACCCCUUCGAAAAGUUUGGAUAUGACGAUGCCAAUUUCUUCAUCCACCCCGAGCACUGGCAUAUGGUCGCCCGUCUCACCAAGAAUGCCGAUGGCAGCGGCUGGUGGCGUGUCAGCUAUGGAGAGAUCUCUGGACUCACUCGAGAAGAGCUCAUUGCACGACAACCCAUGAAAUACGAGGCCAUGUUGCCCGGUCACCCCAAACCAGGAGAAUAUGACCUUGCGGCGAUCAGCCCGUACAAGAUUCACCAGCGCUUGGUGGAGAAGAUGCGAGUUGGCCGGUUUAUGCUCGCUGCAGAUGCAGCACACAUCUGCAACCCUUUUGGCGGUCUCGGACUGACCGGUGGUCUCGUGGAUAUUGGGGGCCUGUAUGACUGCAUGAUUGGUGUCUACGAGGGGAAGGCGGAUGAAAGUAUCCUCGACAAAUACUCGGAGAUGCGGCGCCAAAGAUACCAGACUGUCACGGAUCCCAUUUCCACGGAUAACAUCAAGCGACUAUUUGAUCAAGACCCAGAUAAGGCUCUUGAGAACGACUCGUUCUUGAAGAUGCUCAAGGACAUUGAAGGCGACGUGGAAGCCCAGCGAGAGUUCAUGCGGUCACCAAUGGCACUUCGGUACGAUUUCACUCAACACUAUAACACCAGCGACGCGACGAACGGGAGUCAAGGAAGCGGAGUGAAGAACGGAGCAGUCUCAUCGCACGUGGAACAGGUUGCUGUAACGGGAACGGAUUGA